UCUGACUCAUAGGGAUUCUACAGGAUGAACUAUGUAUGUGCUGUUACACAUAGUUCAUUCUGAAUCCACCUGGUAAUUGGGAUUUAUCCAAAGGGAAAGUAAAUUUCUCCCAUCAUUAUGACAAGAGUGGGCUGUAACUUGGAGUCAGGUGCCUGCUGAAAUUAGUCUCCUAACCUCCUUGUGGAAACUGGGAGACAGGGGUGCUAUCUUCCUUCUUCCUUGAUGAUGACAUUUCAAAGAGAUGGCUCCCAGGUCCUUGAGAAACACAUUCCUGGGUUGUAAAACCAGGUAACGAUGCUCUCCAAGAAAUGAUGCUAACAUAAGACUGGUUCAGAAGAGGAGCGAAAUCUUUUCCACCUUUAAAAAGAUUGACAUACAUUUCAAAAGAGACAGAGAAAUAAGUUAUAAUUCCAAGUUCCUUAAAGUUAAUGCCACAAAGCGGGGAGAGACGUCUCUUGGCCUUUUUGCACCAAAAUUAUUUCUUUUUCCCCCCAUUGGUAAAAACCAAAAACAACCAAACCCAUUGCUGUUGAGUCGAUUCUGACUCAUAGCGACCCUAUUUCCAUUGGUAUUUACUAUUUCCAUUGGUAUUUACCUUUAAAAUUCAGCCAGUCUGUGUGCCAUCCAUCCUCCUACCAUACACCAUAGGAGGAGAGGAGGGUGCUUAGAAAUCUCUGCCCAGGAACAAACACGCAUGUAACAUGUGACCGUCUCUUGUACUGGAGCCUCCAUGUGUGAGACAUUCAUGUGCCUUUCCUUCUGCUCCUCAGGCUGAAGGAUGAUGCCAAGAACGCCAUUGAAGCACUUGGAAGUAAAGAAAUCAGAAACAUGAAAUUCAGGUCUAGCUGGGUAUUUCUUGCAUCAAAAGGCUUUGAACUUCCUGCAGGUAUUCAGAGAGAAAAGAGUUCUCCAAGGAGAUCGGAAGCACUGAGCAACAGGAAAAGUACCCUCCAGACUUGACUGGCAAUAGCUAAUGCCUAAGGUCCACAAGUCUUCACCACUCCAGAAGCAAAAUCCACUUUCUUUCCAACACCAUCUCCCAAAAGAAAUGAGUUUACCAAAACGGCCACAGCCGUCAUUCGGCACAGCACAAAAACAGAGGAAGUUUCCCCAAAACCAGCAGGCAGGAGACCUUGACAUGCACUUCACCUCAUUGACGCUGAACCAACAGAUCACCAGCACGCCACCAGGAGAGAACAGGAGCCAGCCGAGGGCAAAGUGGACCGAGAGCAUCCUGUGCAGCCAGUACGAGGAGAAGGUGCGCCCCUGCAUCGACCUCAUCGACUCCCUGCGGGCCCUGGGCGUGGAGCAGGACCUGGCGCUGCCUGCCAUUGCUGUCAUCGGGGACCAGAGCUCCGGGAAGAGCUCGGUGCUGGAGGCUCUGUCAGGCGUCGCCCUGCCCAGGGGCAGCGGUAUUACCACCAGGUGUCCACUCGUGCUGAAACUCAAAAAGCAGCCAUGUGAGUAUGAAUGGACAGGAAAACUCAGUUAUCGAGACAAGGAAUUCCAGCUGCAGGAUCCCUCGGAGGUGGAGCAGUAUAUAUGCAAAGCACAGAAUGCCAUCGCCGGGCAUGGCGUGGGCAUCAGUCAGGAGCUCAUUAAUCUGGAGAUCACCUCCCCGGAGGUUCCGGACCUGACCCUCAUCGAUCUUCCUGGCAUCACCAGGGUGGCAUUGGGAAAUCAGCCCCAGGACAUCGGACUGCAGAUCAAGUCGCUCAUCAAGAAGUACAUCCAAAGACAGCAAACAAUCAACUUGGUGGUGGUGCCCUGCAACGUGGAUAUUGCGACCACAGAGGCUCUCACCAUGGCUAAGGAAGUGGACCCUGAUGGAGACAGGACCAUAGGGAUCCUGACCAAACCAGAUCUAGUGGACAAGGGUGCGGAAAAAGGUGUCCUGAAUGUGGUGCAGAACCUCACCUACCACCUCAAGAAGGGCUACAUGAUUGUGAGGUGCCGGGGCCAGCAGGAGGUCACCGACAAGCUGAGCUUGGCAGAGGCGACCAGGAGAGAAAUACACUUCUUCCAAACACAUCCGAAUUUCAGGUGAGACUCUUUAGGAGCAGUCUGGAGUUGGACUCCCAGGAACCUGUCCCACCAACUA